UAGUUUGUGUCUCUGUUGCAGAAGCCGGCCAGUAGUAUUUUGGCGACAUGUGCCCUCACCAUAAAUAACGCAAAGCACUAAACAUCCUACUUGUGUAAUUGCUUGUAAACCAUUUCUCUCCUCAUCUAGGGAUUCACGUUUCCUUUGUUUAUUCAUUUUCAUCGUUUUGUUUUAUCUUACGUUGGAGCAACAGAGUAGAAAUACUGGUAGACAAAAAUAAUCAUGGCAGAAACAGAGAUGGGUUGCAGGGAGCAAAGGUGGUCUCUCAAGGGUAUGACCGCACUAGUCACUGGUGGAACCAGAGGCAUUGGAUUUGCGAUUGUAGAAGAACUGGCAGGAUUUGGGGCAAGAGUGUAUACUUGCUCACGCAACGAGAAAGAGCUCAAUGAGAGGAUAAAAGAAUGGGAAAUUAAAGGGUUUAAUGUCAGGGGCUCGGUUUGUGACCUUAGUUCCCAAGACGACAGACAGAAGCUGAUUGGUUCCGUCACCUCUGCUUUCGAUGGGAAGCUCAAUAUCCUUGUGAACAAUGCUGCUACAGCCAUACUCCGAAAAUCUUUAGAUUAUACUCUUGAAGACUAUUCAUUCAUAAUGAAUACCAAUCUUCAGUCUCCUUACCAUCUUUGUCAACUUGCACAUCCACUUCUGAAAGCAUCAGGAAACGGAAAUAUUGUGUUCAUUUCCUCUGUUGCUGGCAUCGUAGCUUUACCUAUGCUAUCAGUAUAUUCAGCGACAAAAGGAGCAAUCAACCAAUUGACAAGGAAUUUAGCAUGUGAAUGGGCAAAGGACAAUAUUCGCACAAAUACUGUUGCACCAGGAGGUAUCAGAACCACGGUUGGACAAGAUCAAUCUGCCGAUCCUGACGUUGGAGAGGCAUAUAGCGACAUGUUCUCUAGAAUUCCGAUCAGCCGUAUUGGAGAGCCUAAUGAGGUUUCAUCACUGGUGGUAUUCCUCUGCCUUCCUACUGCUUCGUAUAUCAAUGGGCAAGUUAUUUGUGUUGAUGGGGGGCUUACAGCCAAGGCUUUUUAGCCAACUCAUUUCUGAUUCAAACUAGCUGCCUCGCAUAUUCAAAACUUAUGAGGUGUCCCAAACUUUAAGUCCUCUGUUAAACACAAAAAAAAAGA